CCAUGUUUCUCUUCAAUGCAAGGAAAACAAUCUUCGUUUCAUCCCCAAAUUGAAAAGCCAUUUAGCCGCCCCCUAUUAAUUUUCACAAUAUUUUGCAAUUCAAUUAAAAAUCAAUGAAAUGUUAGGAAAGUGAAGUGAAAGAAAUGAAAAUGAGAAAAUUCAGGGAAAAUGCAAAAAACUCCUAUUUUCAUAAUUCAUUCUCAUUCCAAUGCAGCCGUGAAACAUGGGAGUUUCUCCAAUUUCGUGAAACUUCGUUUGGUUUUCGGGUGUGACGAUGAAUUUACGAAGUGCAAACUCAUCGACAAACAAGAUGUCCCCACUUCCGACUUCGAAUUUAUGCGAGGAAAAAUAGUGCAAUUUCCUGGAAAAUAGGGCAAAUUUUUGGUGGAAAUCAACGGGAAAAUUCAUAUUUUGCAUUUUCACGGUGAUUUUUGGUGGUAUUUGGGGGGAAUUGUGGUGGAAAGUGGGUGUUUGGGUGAAAAAAGUCGUGUGGUGAUGUACGUCGUGAAGUUGCCUCGAAGUUUUUCGAGAGGAAGAAAACUCGCGAGUGGAAGUUGUGGUGAAAACGAUUGAAAAAUCAAUCGAAAAGCAGUGAAAUUUGGCUGAAAGUAACACAAAAGUGCGUGAAAUGCAAUCUUUGGUCGUUCUACGGUGUUAUUUUGUUGGAAAAUGGUGAUUUGGUGUGCUGCGUGAGGUGGGAAGUGUUGUGUUAUGCGGCAGCUGGCUCUGGGCUCUUUCACGACAGACGCCGCCAUAGCAGAAAAGCACCCUCUUCGGUGAAAGCCUCUCCCGUGUAAUCCACCUUAAGCUGUGAAAAAAAAACAAAUAAGAAAAAAAUCGACGGCGUCUCCCGUCAAUGGGCGCCAGAUGAUUUGUGGAGAGACAUUGGCAAAAGAGAAAAGACUUUAGUGCGUGCGUGUGUGUGUGUGUGGUUUUUGCAAAGUGAAGUGAGAGCGCCCCCCGCGCACACCACAAAAACAACAACAACAACAAGGAAAACGUGAGGAAGCUCAAAAACGGAUAAAAUUCGCCAAAAAAAUCAUGCAACAAGGAUCUGACUCUGCUGCAGCCUCAAAUAGUUUUACGAGUGGUGCAACAACAAAAAUGGACACAUCGAAGGAUCAACCCGCACGAAAUGAGCCCCAUACGGAUCCUGUAAAUGGGAUUGUACAGCCACCGGUGGUACCACCACCGGAUCGUCCUGGGAGGAAGACAAAUCAACUUCAAUUCCUCCUGAAGACCGUAAUUACGGCUGUGUGGAAGCAUCGUCACAGUUGGCCAUUCCUCCAGCCGGUGGAUGCGAAGAAUCUCAAUCUCCCGGAUUAUCACAAAAUAAUAAAGCAGCCAAUGGAUUUGGGAACGAUUAAGAAGCGCCUGGAGAAUAAUUACUACACAACGUCGAAGGAAUGUAUUCAGGAUUUCAAUAUAAUGUUCUCAAAUUGCUACGUUUACAAUCAACCCGAUGAGGAUGUUGUGCUAAUGGCGCAAAUUCUCGAGAAGCUCUUCCUCAAUAAGGUGGCACGAAUGCCAAAGGAGGAAUUUGAGAUUGAGUCCCCGUCGAAGAAGGCGGGAAAGAAGAAGGCACGACCUAUUGGGCCACCGGGGACACUUGUGGGGCCCGCAAGGGGGCGCCCAAAUGCCACGGCGGGGGCGGCGGCAACACCGAGUUCCGCAAUGAUGGGGAGUGCUGUUACGUCAACUGGGGGUGGUGCUACUGCACCCAAUUCCACAGCUCCAGCUGCUUCGGGGUUACCCCUUGUGCCACCAAUUGGGAUACCCGGAAGUACAAAUACCACAACGACGGCCACAGCAGCUGCAACAGGAGUUUCCGGGGCAAUGGCAGCGGGAUUAGCACUCCCGGCCGCUGCGGGAGGUGGCCCCCAAGCGUCGUCAACGCUAAUUAGUACGUCGACGGCAGCAAGUGGGGCUGUAGCACCGUCAGCGGCGGCACCACCACCGUACCAUGUGAAUCAGACCCUUCUGGAUCAUCAGGUGAUGCCGCCACAGCCAUUGGCAAAAGUCAAAAAGGGCGUGAAGAGGAAGGCUGACACAACAACCCCGACAACAGCGGCUGCUUUUGAUUCCCACUAUGCACCCGGAAGUGGUGCAGAAUCCAAAAAGAUUGCAACACGAAGGGGGAGUGGGCGACAGGUUAAUAAGGAGAUGCCAUCAUCAUUCCAGUCAACACCGUACCCAAAGUCCCCAAUGACGUCAGCCACGGGUGGUCAUGCAGCGGGUGGAGUUGGUUCAGCAGCAGGGGGUGCACCAAAGAACAAGGAAAAGCUCUCGGAAUCCCUCAAGGCGUGCAAUGAGAUCCUCAAGGAGUUGUUCAGUGAGAAGCACAUUCGGUAUGCGUGGCCAUUCUAUAAGCCCGUCGAUGCUGACCUCUUGGGGUUGUAUGAUUACCAUGACAUCAUAAAGAAGCCAAUGGAUUUGGGAACGGUGAAGGCAAAAAUGGAUAAUCGGGAAUACAAGACGGGCAGUGAAUUUGCAGCUGAUGUCAGGCUGAUCUUCACAAAUUGCUACAAAUACAAUCCCAAAGAUCACGAUGUGGUUGUAAUGGGAAGGAAGUUGCAGGAUGUCUUUGAGAUGCGUUACGCAAAUAUUCCGGAUGAACCUGUGACGAAUGCAAAUGCCGGCGAGGGAGGUGGCGGCGGGAAGGAGAGUACGUCAUCGAGUGGGGAAUCGAGUGAUACGGACAUGGAGAGUAAUUCGGAUGAGGAGAGGAGUGCAAGGCUGAAGGUGCUGCAGUCAAAGCUGGAUUUGCAGGAGGAGAUGCGGAAACUCGUGGAGGAGUCGACGAAUAAGAAGAAGGCCAAGAAGAAACUCAAGGAGAAGAAGAAACCCACCGCAGCACCAACAGCACCCACUGCUGCCACAGCGGGUCAUGCGAGUGUGGGUAAGCAAAUUAGUCAAAGUGGCCCAAAUGCCCAUCAGAUGGCGAUGCAGGUGCCACUGAGUGCGAAUGCAAAGGGGACGAAGGUUAAGGGGCAGCGCGCCCCGAAGGCCGUCGUGAAUUCGGCGCAAUCGACGAAGAAGGUGAAAUCGGGUAGUGGGGCCGGCGGAACGGGUGUCCGGGGUCCUGGGAAGAAGAAGCAAUUGGCCACGCACAAUUUUGAUUCGGAAGAAGAGGAUACGGCAAAGCCAAUGUCGUAUGAUGAGAAGAGACAACUAUCGUUGGAUAUAAAUAAAUUACCUGGGGACAAACUUGGAAGAGUUGUACAUAUAAUACAAAGCAGAGAGCCAUCCCUUCGUGACUCAAAUCCAGAUGAGAUUGAGAUCGAUUUUGAGACCCUGAAGCCGUCAACGUUGCGUGAGCUGGAGAACUACGUGGCGUCGUGUCUUCGUAAAAAAACUCGUAAGCCUUACUAUAAAAAGAUGUCGGGAAAAUCAAAAGAUGAGCAAAUGGCGGAGAAGAAGCAAGAAUUGGAGAAACGGCUUCAGGAUGUUACCGGGCAAUUGGGAACGUCAAAGAAAGCAACGAAAAAAGAUGAUGCAUCGAAGGUUGAUGUUGUCCCAUCGGGGCGACUUUCUUCGAGCAGUAGUUCAACUGAUUCCUCAUCAUCAAGUUCGAGUGACACAAGUAGUAGUGAUUCCAGCGAUAGCGAAGCAGGAACCGGAAAAUCAUCCACAUCGAAGAAACGCAUCAAAAAGGAAGAUCCUCCGUCGAAUAAUAAUGUUUCGAUGCCACAGAACACAGUCGCGUCAACACUUCCUGUUACGACGCAGAGUCACUUUAAUGGCAUCAUCCAGCAGACGCCACAUUUGUCGGCGCCACAGUCGUCGUUGCAGGGCCCCCUGCCGAAUCCCCCACCGAUCCUCAUUGGCACAAAUGGCAGCAUGAAGUUGUCAAUGGCAAAUAUCAGUGGGGCGGCGGCGUCUGCGGCUCAGCAGCAGCAGCAGCAGGUGAAGCAGGAGCCCUCCACGCAAAUGCCGCCAAUGCAAACGGUCCCCAUGAAUAUGAUGCAACCGCCGAUGCGCAGUCAACUGCCGCCGGCUGCUGCCCUUGAGCAUCAAAUGCCCAAAACUUCGGGGGCGAUGACCCUGGGGAAUGGUGGAGGUGCCUAUGUGAAGCCACAAAUGCCCGGAAGUAUGUCCGGCGGCGGGUUUGUGGAUCCGCUCGAGCAGAGCCUGGCGUCGCUGGAGCAGAACCUCAAGUCCGAUUUGGCGAAUCAUCAGCAUUUGGAUCUAAUGGGGGACAUGGGGGCGUCGAAUGUCAUUCCAAAGAGCGAAGCGGCCACUCAGCCGCCCGCCACUCUUGCGCACCAUCAGUCGCUAAUGCAGCACUUGAGCAUGGAGGCAAUGCAUCAUCAGCUGCAGCAGACAAUGGCGCAUUCAGGUGUUGCCCCCAAUGGGUUUGUCCUCGAUCCCGCUGCGGCGACACUCAAUGGCAUGGGGGUCAUGAUGCAGCCACCGGUGCCACAGGGACCACCAAGUGGGCCCCACAUAUCCACAGCACCCAUGGUGUCCAUCUUUGAUCCAACCAUGGUGACGCAGCACGUCAACAGAGGUGGUGGAGCAGGAAGCGUGAGUGCUGCAUCAAAUCAGCAAACAACACCACAAACUCCACAGCAGUCGCAACAACAGCAGCUGCCGCAGACGCCAACGAGUGCUCCUCCGGUUAAGGAGAAAUUCCUUCUGACGCCAAAACCCAUUGAGGACCUCAUGAUGCCACCGGUGCACGAUAAAUCCAAAUCAACGGAGCCAAAGGGGAAUUUUGCGCAGGCCAUUAAGCCGUCGCAUGAGCAAAAUCUCAAAAAUGCCAGCUCAUGGUCCUCCCUUGCGUCUGCGGGCUCCCCGCAGAACGUCACGACGCCGCAAGUGAAGCCCAAACCAUCAAUGGAUAGCUUCCAGCAGUUCCGUAACAAGGCAAAGGAGAAGAUGGACAGGCAGAAGUUGCUGGAGCAGCAAGAGUUGAAGCGGAGUCAAAAGGAAGCGGCUGAGAAGGAGCUGAAGCGACAGCAGGAGCAAAAGCAAAAGAAUCACGAUGAACACGAUGCCCCAAGGAAAAGUGGGGCAGAACCUCUUCCGGCGCGUGUGGAUGAAAUUAAGGAGUCACCACAGAGGAGUGGAUCUCCAGGGAUGGGUCCGAGUGCAGCCAAUCAGGAUAGAGCAGCCGCAAAGAGGGCUGAAUUGCGAAGAAUGGAACAGGAGCGAAGGAGACGUGAAGCGAUGGCUGGUCAGAUUGAUAUGAAUAUGCAGAGUGAUCUGAUGGCGGCAUUCGAAGAGUCGCUCUAAGGGCGGGCGAAGCACCGCAAACGGCGCACCCGAAGCCACAAAAGGCGUGCCGGAAAGAGCGGCGAAAGCAAUGAAGAUGUGAAGGAAGACGUCUAGAGGGGAGGUCGGUGGUGCAAAAAAGAAAAAGAAAUAAAUAAAAAAAACCUCCAACUACACAAAACAUUACACACAACACACAACUUACCGUGUAGAGUAUUAUUUAUCUUUUAUUCUUCAUCUUCUUAUUUACUUGUAAAAAAAAACAAACAAAGAUCAAGAAAGAAAUCUUAGUGAAGAAGAUUUUUCUUUAAGUGGCAAAAAGAAGUUUUUUGUUUUGGUGUUUUCUUGGGGAGAUAUUUUUAAACGAAUAAUUUAGGAAAUAGUUUUGUUUUUUUUUAGUUUUUCGUUGCAAAAAAAAUGUAAGAGGUCUCACAUUUUUCCACCCUCAUUGGGAUUUUAUCUGGAGGGUGUGGAGGGGGUGGAGAAAGGAGUGGGAUGUAGGAAGGAAAAAAAAACAGAAAAUAUGUUGUGAUAACUUUCCCGCCCAUUUCCAUCCUUUUCUUUCAAGUUGUCUUUGAAAAAUUUAGUUUUUUUCAUUAAUUUAUUAUGAAAAAAGGAAAAUUGAAGGUUUUUCUUUUUUUUUGUUCUAAUUUCUUGACUGUCGCGGGAUAAAUAUUUUCUCUUCAAGAAAAGUUUAUUUUUAUGUCUUUCUUUUCUUUUUCUUUUCUAAAAUUAUUAUUGAAGAUGAAAUAAUUAAAAAAGAGAGAGAGAGGAAAAGAAAGAAAAGCAGAGAAAAUAAAUUAAGAGAUGUGUAAAUAGUACGUUGGAUAGGAUUUAGAUUUCAAAAUGUUCUAAGAGAAAUAAGAAGAAGAAAAAAAUCCUUUAAAAGAAUUUUUUCUGUAUCAAAACGAUCAGAGGUUUUGUGCUUAAAAUUAAGCAUAAACCUGAACUUUCUUUCACAAAUACAAAAGGAUAUAGAAAAUCUUUGAGAAAAAGGAAUUUUACGCGAGAAAAAAAACAAAAAAUAAAAAAAAAAGAUUUUGAAAAAAAUAAAUCUUAGAAUAGAAAAUCAGAAAAUAAUUUUUCGUCAUUUGAAAAUAUAUUUAAAAAGAAAAAAUGAAGGAAAAGAUUUUAAAGAUGAGAAGAAAAUCCCUUUUAGUGUGUAACGAUUUUGUAUUCUAAUUUAAAAAAAAUAAAUAAAAAGAAAGAAAAAAAAGGUUAGAUGAGGGUAGAAAGGGAAGUGAAAUAUACAUAUUUAAAAGAAAGAAAGAGAGAAUAAAGGUAGAUGAUUAGUAAAAUAAAACUUACAAUUUAACAAUUUUAUUGAAUGUAAAAAUAAAUUUAGGAAUUAACAAGCAAAAAAACAACACAAGUGUAAUAUCUAUUGAGGGAUUUUUUUUUAGAAUAUUAUGAUAAUAAAAAAGAAAACAUUGUUAGGAUUAGAAAAUAAAAAGAAAAUAUUACAUUGUAAGUAGAUUUGAAAAGAAAAAGAAUAGAAAAAAUUACAAAUACAAUAUUAAUAUAAAGAAAAAUAAUAAUUUCUUUCAAUUUAAAUCGUGCGGGAAAAUUGCAAAAAAAGGAAUUUUGCAAAAGAAGAAAAAACUUUGCUAAAAACAUUGAAACGUUUUCUCAAAAUAAAAAAAAAACUAAAUAAAUAUUCUUAAUUUUCCGGUUUCGUUUUCCGUGCUUUGGGUAUUUUUUUUCUUCAAAUUUAUUAAUAAAAAAAAUGUAAAAAUAAAGAAAAAAUGUUGAAAAAAUACAAAACACGUAAAUAAAAAAAAACAUUCAUUAAACGUAGAAAACUUAAUCAUGAUUAGGAAGGUUUUUUUUAGCUGUUAAGUCACACAGUGUGGAAAACAAAACACGGACGGAGCAUUAAUGUUGCAUAGAAAGAAUUAAAAGAAGAAAAAAAACAUUUAAGAUGAUCAUUUAUUCACUUAAGUACGUAAAAAUGAUUAAAGGACACACGUUAGGGCGACAGAAGACAGUUCCAAAAAAGAAUUUAAAAAGAGAAGAAAAAUGAGAAAAUUGUGAAAAAAAAGUUUUGAAUGUUAGAAAAGCGAAAAGAAGAAAUUGAAGUGUGGAGGAUUAUUCUUUAAAAAGAACCUUUAGUUACUAGUUUGAGCAACUUUUAAAGAAUAAUACAAAAAAUAAAAAAUAUUUUAAGGUAAAAAGUCAGAAAA